AUGGUGAAAAAGCUCGGUCAGUGGCUCCCACAUGCAUUGAGCGACGGCAACCGUCAAAGACGCCUGGACAUCUGCACUCAGCUGCUCUCCAGAAGCCGCAGAUUCGACUGGCUGGACACCGUCACUCGAGAUGAGAAAUGGGUCCUAUAUGUCAACCACAUCCAGAAACGUGCAUGGUGCACUGACGAUGAAAUGCCGGAUACUUUUGUGAAAGGUGAAAUCCAUGAGAAAGUCAUGUUGAGCGUCUGGUGGAAGUUCAUGGAAUCUACUGUUUUGCACUGCUGCCCGACAACACGACAGUUACUGCCGAGGUCUACUGCGCUCAACUGCAAAGGCUGGCCGACAAGAUCCGCAAUGAGCACCUGA